UACCUAAUAACUUUUGAGGGGAUUUUAUUGCUUUCUAUUCCUGGUUAAAGUAUCAGCCCAAGCAGUCUAUCCUUUAUCUCUAUGUUGAGAUUAGUCCUGACUCCUCGGUCGGGUGUCCGAACCUUCCACGCCUCCAGCAAGUGGUUCUCCCAUCACCCCAAGCCAAACUCCGAAUCUGACAUCCAGCUGAACCCGCAUAGUUCCAGGUUCGUGUUAACACAAAAACCCCGUGAGGAGUUUGUUCUGGGCUAUCCUCCACUCAAAAAACCGGCCAAGAUCAAUCUCGAAUACCUCAACAGGCUCCUGGCGCAGAAGACCCCCAUCACGGUGCUCACAGCCUACAACUAUGCCACAUCCAUGAUGGUGGAUGCUCAUGCUGAUAUCACCCUCAUCGGUGAUUCGCUUGCACAGGUGGCUCUAGGAUACUCGUCCACUAACGAAGUGCCAUUUGACGAGUUUCUCUACGCGACCAAAGCAGUCAUGCGCGGCAACAAGUACUCUUUUGUCAUCGCAGACUUGCCGUUUGGCUGCUUUGAAGCAUCCGUCACCCAGGGGGUGGAGGCCAGUUUACUGUUGGUACGCACAGGGGUAAAUGCCGUGAAGAUUGAGGGUGCACAGGAACACAAGGAGCUCAUUGUCCGCCUUACCAGUCUCGGGAUUCCGGUUGUGGGCCACAUUGGCUUGACCCCUCAACGGAUCAAUGCGUUGUCUGGGUUCAAGGUCCAGGGCAAAAACGUGAAUGAUGCUGUCAAGAUCUACAACCAGGCAAAGUCGCUUGAGGCGAGCGGAGCCGUAAUGAUAGUUUUGGAAUGCAUUCCCACCAAAUUAGCUCAGUACAUUACUGACAAUCUCUCCAUCCCAACGAUUGGGAUUGGUGCAGGGAAGCAUACUUCGGGUCAGGUCUUGGUCUUGAGCGAUAUUCUCGGGUUUUUGAACCCCGCAGAGACCCACAGACCAAAGUUUGUUAAGAGAUACCUCCCGGGGUAUGAGCUCGGCACGUCGAUGGUGUUGGAUUACGUAGAGGAAGUCAAGGGGGGAGUCUUUCCGGAAUCGGGCAAGCACGAUUAUAAGAUUGAUGACGGAGUGUGGGCCCAAUUUCUCGCAAGAGUGGGUGAAGAGGCGUGAUAAAUUCUGUACAUGUAAAAAUAUAAACAUAGAUGCAAUGCUGGGUGUAUAAGAAAAUAAAAGUAAAGUAAAGGGUAUGGUGUAACAUUGUAUUCCGC